AUGCGCUCAUACGACUCUCACGCACCGAAGCCCCGCGUCCUAUUCUUGGGCAAGCCUGGGUUUUCCGGAGGCGGCAUCGAGAAGAACCAGAAACACUUCGACAUUGAGAUCCUCGAUGCUUCGACACGGGAGGAACUGCUCGCCAAAAUACCCCAUGUCGUCGCGUCCCACGGGCCGUAUCAGGCAGUGGUCUGCCGCCUGGGCACCCAGCCCUUUGAGCCUUUCGACGCCGAACUCCUUUCGCCGCUCCUACCGAGCCUCAAAAUCGUCGUCUCUGCGCAGAUGGGCCAUAACGACUUCGACGUCGACUGGAUGACGUCGCAGGGCAUUUGGUUCUGCAACACCCGACACGCCACCGGAGAAGCUACCGCCGACAUGGCCCUCUUCCUCAUUCUGGCCGUCCUCCGGGACACCAGCCGCGCCGAAAAGAACUUCCGCGAGGGCCGUUGGCGACAGGGACUCCAACUCACCCGAGACCCGGCCGGAUUGACGCUGGGCAUCGUUGGCAUGGGCAGCAUCGGGACCUGCCUCGCGCGCAAGGCAUCUGCCUUCAACUUGCGCAUAAGAUACCACAGCCGGAACCAACUCCCGGCAGAUGAGGUGCCCGCCGGAGCAUCGUAUUGCGCCACCCUGCAAGAGCUCUUGCAGACGUCCGAUAUCAUCUCCCUCCACUGCCCACUGACCCCUGCAACGACCCACCUGAUGGGCGAAGCCGAGUUUGCCAUGAUGAAAGAGAAGUCAUAUCUUGUCAACACUUCGCGCGGGCCCAUCGUCGACGACGCGGCGCUUAUCGGCGCUCUCGAGAGCGGCAAGGUUGUUCGAGCUGGCCUGGAUGUCUUCGGAGGCGAGCCAACAGGUGUCAAUCCCUACUUCAUGCACAGCGACAAGGUAGUUGUGCAGCCGCACAUGGGUGGUCUGACCGAAGGGUCGUUCGCGAGGGCGGAGGAGGAGUGCUUUGCCAACAUCCGGAGCUAUUUCGAUUCCGGCAGACCUCUUGCACCGAUAAACGAGGUCCGGAUCCGAAAGGACUCGUUCGAUCCCGAGACGGAGUGA